UUCAAUUAAAAUCAAUAAAAUUAUUUAUUAAGUUAACAAACAAACACAGUUCCGAUUUUAUAUUAAUAAAAACAAAAAUAUAAUUAUUGUGAAUAUUUUACAAACUGAUUAGAUUAGAUUUUUUUUUGUAUAUGUGUGAAUUUUUUUGCCUUAUUUUUCCUCCGAAUAAAAAUUUGAGAAUUUUUUUUUUUAUUUAAUGAACGAAAAUUGAAUAACACAAACAGAAAAAAAAAUAUUAAUAAGUUGUUGUUGUUUUUUUUUUUUUAUUUUUUCUUUUUCAAUAAUAAUUAACCACGAUGUUAUCAGUUGUCGCGGAAAGUAUUUUACAAACAAUCGUAAAACAUUUUUAUUCUGAAUUUAUUUUUGGUAGUUUUAUAAAUCCAAUUAUUAAAAAGCUUUCAAAUUUGACAUUAGAAAAUUUGAGAGAGGAUUUAUUAUACAGAAUUUACAAUAAUAAAAAUUGUAAAUAUCAAUGGAAAUCAGCUGUUGAUGACAAUUAUUUUACAGAAAUAUCAAGAAGUUUGAAAUGUUGUGAUGCGAAAUUAGAAGCGCAUGCUCUUAAUACAAAUUUCGAAUUAUUACAAUUCGAAGUCAGGAGUCGAUCAAUUGAUUGGAAACGUUUAAUAAUACCAUUAAAACCAAGAGAUGAACAAUCAUGUAGAUAUCUUGGACCAAAUUUUAAUUAUAUGGGUGAACCGAUACGUAAUGCAGCUGGUCGUGGUAAUCGUCCUGAAGUUCUUCUUUGCCAUGAUAUGAUGGGAAAUUAUUUGGAAGAUAAGCAUUACAGAACAUCGAAAAAAUGGGAUGAUUAUCGAUUCUAUCAUUGGGCUGCAAUCGAUUAUUUUAAUUAUUUUAGCCAUGAGUAUGUGACGAUACCGCCCUGUGGUUGGAUAAAUGCAGCACAUUUACAUGGUGUCAAAGUUUUGGGGACAUUUAUAACGGAAGGGAAUUCAGGAACACAAAAACUUCUAUGGAUUUUAGAUCAUCAUCAGCGUAUCAAUGAAAUUUGUGACGCUUUAGUUCGUUUAUGUGAACAUUUCUAUUUUGAAGGAUGGCUAAUCAAUAUUGAAUGUAAUGUUCCAACGGAUAAAGCUAAUGAUUUAAUAUAUUUCAUUGAAACUUUACGAUUUAAAGUUUCACAAAAAAUUCCAAAUGGUGCAGUGUUUUGGUAUGAUAGCGUAUUACAUAAUGGAUCAUUAAGUUGGCAAAAUGAAAUCAAUGAUAAAAAUGUACGAUAUUUUCAUGUUUCGGAUGGUAUGCUUAUCAAUUAUAUGUGGAAUGAUAAAAGUUUAAAUGAUACAAAAACUUUGGUUCAUGAAGAAAGGCAAUCAAUUUUUAAAGUAUUUUUUGGUAUUGAUGUUUUUGGACGUGGACAAGUUGCAAAAUUUCGUUGUCGUGAAACAUUAUCAAGAAUUGCUAGAAAUGAAUUUUCUGUUGGUAUAUUUGCACCCGGUUGGACAUUUGAAACAUUACGUGAUUAUGGUUUUAAUAUUAAAAAUCCAAAUGGACAAUAUGAUGUUAAUGAUGCAUUCUUAAGACGUAAUGAAAAAUUUUGGUGGUUAUUAUGGGAAUAUUUUUGUACACAUUCAUAUACUGAACAACCAUUUUUUACGGAUUUUUGUUUAGGUUCCGGCCAUUAUACAUAUAAUCAAGGUAGUGUUGUAUUAGGUUCAUUUUUUAAUUUAAAUCGACAAAGUUUACAACCAUCUGUACCAUUAUUUGAAAUAGCUGAACGUUGUUAUGAUGAUGCUGUAUUUGGUGGUUGCUGUUUAAGAAUUAUGAAAUCGGAUGUUGUAUUACGUUUAUUUACAACAAAUUUUAAAGUUAAGAAAUUUUUUAUAUUUGCAUAUGCAUAUAAAGUACGUGAACUUGAUGGUGAAUUAGAAUGUGUUCUUAGAUUUUCAGAUGAUACAAUUAAUCCAAAUAAAGAUGGUUAUAUAUAUUGUGGUGAUUAUGGUAAUUCAUUGGGUAUACAAAGAUCAAAAUGUUUUAUAACAUCAAUUAAAAAUAAUUAUUAUGAUGAUCUAUUAGAAUUAAUGGAAAAUUCAAAUACAGCAAUAAGAAUACCAUUUGAUUUAUUAAAUAAUUGGAAAGUACGUUAUUAUGGUGUUACAUUUGAAAGUGAAGUAAAUGUUAAAGAUAUUGGUGUAUUAUAUCGUAAGAAAACAAAUAGUUAUGGUGCUAGUGCAUAUUUGGGAGCUAUUUAUUUUAAUAGUUUUUCAUUGGGUGAAGGUGGUGGACCAUACAAUUUGGAAGGAUCAAGUAAUUGGGCAAGAAUAUCAAAUCGUUUUGUUCUUAGAGAUUAAAAUAAUAAACUAAAAACAUAUUGCACCCAUACUUAUAAUGAGAACUUUUACAUUUUAAUUACUUAUAUUGUACUACUUUUUAUAAUAAAUAAUUAUUACUAUUUUAACUUCAUUAUUACUAUACAAUUUUUUUACAAUACUAGCAUUAUUGUAUUUGAAAAUUAAUAUAAUCAAUUAUCCUAUUUUAAAAAGAUUUAUACAAAUUUUUUAACAACUGCAACAAUAUUGUGAAUAAGCAAUAAAAUUUUUUUAUAUUUGGAAAAUAAAUG